GUCCGACAGCGGCGGCCGCUGCGAGCGGAGCUCCGUGCCCGCCAUGGCCACGGGGGCGGCGGGGGCCGUCACGGCUGAGCUGCCGCCGGCGCUGGGCCGCCUGCCCGGAGGAGCCGGCACCGAGCGCGCCCUGGAAGAAGCAGAGGCCUCCGGCACUCUCAGUCUGGCCGGCCGGCGGCUGCGCUCCUUCCCGGCGGCGGCGGCGCGGCGCUGGGAUCUCAGCGACACCACACAGGCCGACCUGUCCCGGAACCGUUUCGGGGAGGUGCCAGAGGCCGCUUGCCGCCUGUUCUCGCUGGAGGGACUCAGCCUGUACCACAACUGCCUGCGCAGCGUCCCCCCGGCCAUCGCCAACCUGCAGGCCCUGGCUCACCUGGAUCUCAGCCGCAACCAGCUGAGCUCUCUGCCCGCCUGCCUCUGCCUCCUGCCCCUGCGCGUCCUCAACGCCAGCAACAACCGCCUGGCUCAGCUGCCCCCGAACCUCGGUGCCUUGCGAACGCUGCGGCAGCUGGAUGUCAGCUGUAACCGGCUGCGAUCGCUGCCGCCGGGGCUGGGGCAGCUGCGGGCAUUGCGGGACCUGAACGUGCGGCGGAACCAGCUCGUGGCGCUGCCCGAGGAGAUCUCAGAAUUACCCCUGGUCCGGCUGGAUUUCUCCUGCAACCGGGUGGUUGCGAUUCCGCGCUGUUUCCGGCGGCUCCGGCACCUCCAAAUCCUGCUCGCGGACAACAACCCCCUCCAGUUCCCCCCUGCCCAGAUAUGUCUGAAGGGCAAAGUCCACAUCUUCAAAUACCUGGAAGCCGAAGCUGCCACCCAGCCUGCCACACCAUGCCCCCCGGACGAGCCGUGUCCCCUGCGGCAGCGGGGAGGGCUGGACUCCGGUUUCCACAGYGUCGACAGCGGCAGCAAGCGCUGGUCAGGGAAUGAGUCCACGGAUGAGUCCUCGGAGCCGUCGCGGCAGCACAGGGAGAUGCACGGUGGGGCAGCUGGUGACAGCGAUCCGGAGCAGCUCGAGGAGGAGCCCUCUCCUGAGGAGCAGCAGAGCCACACCCUGAGAGGUGACACCCCCAGGAGAGUCGGGGUGAGCUCCACUUGCCGGCGACGCCCCAAGAACCUGGAGGUGUGGAGGGAGAGAGAGAGGGAGAGGAGUCAGGACAGGAUCAGCCCCCAGAGACCCACCCGGACAGCGCCCAUGCCGGACCCCGAUGAAGCCCCUGGCCCCUCCUCUACCCCCACAAAACCCAGGGCCUUACUCAGCCCCUCCUCCUCUCACAGUGCCACCAAGCCAGCACCCCCAGACCCCGACAAGCGGGAGCUGAUCGCCGAAAUGCGCCAGAGCCUCGAGGCGCUGCUGCAGUUGAGGCUUCCCGAUGAGUUGGGGGACUCGGAGCUGCUCGGCCGCGUGGCUGCCCGGCUGCGCCCCUGGGCUGUGAGUGAAAACACCCCCAAAACACCUCCCUGAAACCUCCCCACAACCUCCAGAACCCCAAAAACAUCCCCCUGACCCCAAAACACACCUCUGAACCCCUAAAACACCCACCUGACCCUUCUAAAACCUUCAGAAUCCCCUUCAGAACUCCUCAGUUCCUCUGCCCUCCCUGAACGCCUUUUUAAACCCCACAA